UACCCUCUUGUUUUCGUUCACAAGCCACUCUUCCCUCCAUUUCAUAUCUCGAGCGAGCAUGUACCCUGCUGAGCUUGCUAGUAUUCCAUACUUAUCGUCUGCAAGUGCAGCUUCCUUCAAACCUCAUUACCAGGUAGCCACAAAUGACAUCCUCUUCCAGUAUAACAGCCUUCCAGUGCCUCAAGCUAUAUCGUACCAACAUGUAGAACACCUGGUCCAUGAAGCUAGCCUUCCAGUUGGAAACAAAUCCAAUUCAGAUGAAUCAGAUGACUAUCAACACAGCCUUGCAGAAGAGCGCAGGAAGAGAAGGAUGCUAUCCAACAGGGAGUCUGCCCGACGAUCACGCAUGAGGAAGCAGAAGCAGUUGAGUGAGCUCUGGGCACAGGUUGUACACCUGCGCAGCACCAACCGCCAACUCCUUGAUCAGCUGAACCAUGUCAUCAGGGACUGCGAUCGUAUUCUCCACGACAACUCUAAGCUGAGAGCCGAACAAGCCGAACUGAAACAGCAGCUUGAGAAGCUCCCUGUAGAGAACAUGGAGAGUAGCGUCAUGGGUCCUGGGAUGACUUAAGGCGUCCAGGAUUACAAGACUAGAUGUUAUUAUUAUGAGAACCUAAAUUAAGAGGCUUCUUCCUUUAUUCCAAGGGUGUCAAUUUUUUGUACCUCUGCCCGAUACUAAUGUUGGCAUGUAUUCAUUUAGAGAUACCAGUGUCUGCACGAAGUAUUUAAAAAGAAUUGUUGGCAUGUAUUGGUAGUGA